AUGGAUAGAGAAGAAGAAGAGCAAUACCAAUCAGCAUUUGCCUCCAAUCCCCAAGAGGAAUCUUCGUCAAAGCAACAUUACAGGGAUCUCGCAUUCAAUCUCGUCAACAGCGCAGUACAAAAAGGUAACAACAUAGCCCAACAAAAGCCAGGCAGUAAAAGAGCAAUUGCAGCAUCAACAGCAUCGACACUCUUGGAAAUGAGUAUGGAAAAGUUCAAUAGCAAUGGUAAGGGGUUAGGAUUACCUUCCAACUUAACAGCCGAGGACAUUCAACACAUUGCAUCCAUGCCAGAUUCGGCCGAGGAUAACGAAAGCAAGUCAUCAUCCACAAAUAGUCACUUUGCUGAUCGUAUGAUUGAAAAGUUGUUAAAGUCUACAUUACCGGAAGAUAUCCCAGAGAGAGAGGUGUUUGAAAAGCGUUUACGUGACCCCGAGAGAAACAAGCGGCCUGGAUUGUCAAUUGGAACGUUGGCAUCCAAUGUGAAGAAGUUGGCAAGUAAGAUGACAAAUUUCUUUGCAUUACAGUAUGCGUUAAUUUACAUUGUUACUUGGAAACAACCAACUAAAACGUUGAGUGUUCUCGUGCUAUACACUGCCGCUUGCCUUUGGCCACAUUUGAUUAUCGCCUAUCCAUUGAUAUUUCUCCUUUUUGGUGUUCUUAUCCCAGGAUACGUUUACAGACAUCCUCCAAGACGCCUUGACUUGAUCAAAGUGAAGAAAAGGGGCCAGUCAUUGUUAAGCUUCUUCAAUUCAACCCCAGAGUCAAGUAUUGUUGAAGAUAUGGUCGAUGAGGAUUAUUUACGGGAGGAUGCCGAGGUUGCAUCAUCAACAUAUUCAAUUUCAGAUGAAGCUUCUGAUGUGACUCUUUCAUCUGCUCAAAUAACGUCAAAUGAGGCGAAAAGCAACAAUGCACCAAAAGAGAAGAAGGAGACAGCAAGGCACAGAAAAUCCAAUUUGGAUUUGUUAAUCAACUUGCGAGACUUUCAAAAUUUGACGUCCGACUUGAUUAAAGGAAUGGACAAAGGGGAACAAUUCUACUUUGAGACUGCUGGAUUCAAGGAUGAGAGAUUAUCGACGUUUAUAUUCUAUGGUGUAUUACUUGCCACGUUUGGAACAUUGUUUCUUGGGCAAUUUAUCCCCUGGAGGGCCAUUUUCAUCCAAUCUGGCUGGGUAGGACUAAUUUUGUGUCAUCCCAAGGCCAAAAAGUAUUUGGUGGAUAUGAGCAAUACAAGGAAAGCUAGAGCCAGAAAAGCCAAAGAAGAAGCCGAGUUAUCACAAGAUGCAGAGCUGCAGGUAUCAGAGGAGCUGAAUGGUAAAAUAAGCUCAUCAUUCAUAGAUGAACUUCUCAAUGAUGGAAAGAAAUUUGAUCGUGAUGAUAUUAUCGUCGAUGAUGCGCCAGAGGUCAGGGUAGUUGAGGUAUUUCAAUUGCAAAUCAAGAGUAUAUUGAAGCACAACUGGUCGUUCUAUAGGUAUUCAACUACCAUGUACGACACCGAGAACAAAACCAGGGUUUCUGGCAGGAGGCCAACAGGAGUUGAGUAUUUGUCUGAGGUGUUACCUCCUCAUGACUGGAAGUUUGACAUGGGCUUCGUUAACAAGUGGGUUUUGGACACAAAUCCGAAAGCUUUCAUCGAGGAGAGAUCAUUGAAACCGGAUUUGUUUAUAGUCAAAGACAAUGAAGAAGAAGGGUGGAUAUACGACAACAUGGAAGGAGUUGUGCACCUGGAUAUUGUUUAUGAAUUCAGAAGAAGGAGAUUAUAUAGGGAGUGUUAUAGGUACGGAAGGCCACAUAAAAGACCCAAGAGCGCAUAA